AUGCAGUUGGGGAGUCGUAUUAUUUACGGCCAUUUUGAAGUGGUUGGGGUCUGCUUCAAGACAUCUUUCUGCGGGGCCUACAGGGAGGCAUCGAGAGACCUGCAGAGUGACUGGGUCCUUUCUGGCUCACGUCUUCGUCGCUUCUCUCUGGUGGUCCUUACGGUUGAAGCAGGGUGGGCGGUGGGGGGAGCGGGCUACAGGGCUGAGGGCUUCUCUGCCAGCCAGGGGCAGACGCUUGUCAACCAGCCCUGCUGUGGCCAGGGUCGCUGCCUCUUUGCCGGCUGCAGCCUGAACCGCGACGCAGCGCUGGCUCCUGAGCUGUGUCCUCGGCACUUGGAUUGCACCCUUCAGCGGCGGAAGCUGUGCCAGCUGGGCUCCCAUGCCUGCGGCCCCUGCCUCCCCCAGUUUGUCGAAGACGGAGAGGGCAAAUGCGUGGCCAAGACGCGAGCGCCCAAAGGGCAAACUUCUGUUGUUCCCAGCCUAGAAGAAGAAAUUGAUUUGGUGUCGGAUGUGCUGUCCAAGCAGAGGAGUGCGCCUCUGCCCCGCAGCCAGCAAGGAAGCCCGGCCCCCACUGGCCCGCACUCCGGGAGUGGGGCAUCGAAGACAGAGUCCCCGCAGAGCGGCCGGGGGGGACUGGCCGGCGGGGCCCGGCCAGCCCCCCCCCUGCACCCCCCCACGGAGCCGGUUCACAGAUCUCCUGUGGAGUCAGCACGCAUCUCUUUAAAUGAUGCCCUCGUCCUUGGCUUGAUCGUCGUGUGCACAGCUGCAGGAGUGGCGGCUCUUGUGGUGGCAACUAUUUGCUGGUGCAGGCUGCAGAAGGAGAUGCAGCUUGCCCAGAAGGCUGACUACCCGGCAAAUAAGCUCCCCAGCCCCCCCUCGUAUGACAAGCUCUCUCCCGGGGACAGAAAGCUGGCGCAGAGUGCCCAGAUGUACCACUAUCAGCACCAGAAGCAGCAGAUGCUCUCCAUGGAGAAGCAUAAGGAAGAAAGCAAAGCUCCCGACUCCGCCUCGUCGGACGAAGAGAACGAGGACGGGGACUUCACGGUGUACGAGUGCCCCGGCCUGGCCCCGACUGGAGAGAUGGAAGUGAAGAACCCGCUUUUUGACGACUCCUCUUUGCCCCCGAAGCUGCACCCCUGACCAGAACUGCAGACUGCGCUCAGGACCUGCCCGAGGGGCCCGCCUGACUGUUGGGUCUUCUCUGCCCUCCGCAAAUUCUUGGCUGAAAUAAACCCGCCUUCUGGGCAAUCCGCUUCUGCUCAGCUUCGCGUUCUCCCCUUUGGCGGCCCUUCAGCCAGCCAGGCUCCCGGAUGCCGGAGAAGAGGCUUUGCGGACCGUCUGGACUCGGCGGGGGGGGAAGCGAAGGAGGGCCUAGAGGCCUGACUUGCCUGCACGGGUCACCUCCUGCCCCCCCGCCAGCCUUGUGCAUGGCGAGACCCUCCUGGCAAAAAACAGAUUUCCGUACGGGGGGGGGCCUGCCCUGCCCUGCCCUGCCCUGCCCUGCCCGCAUUGCCUUUUUCCUUUCUUUCACCUUUUUUGCUGCCCGGAGUUUAAAAUAACCAGGCUGGGGAGCAUUUAAUGCUCAGCGCUCUCCCUUUGGGAUGAUGCCUUUAAGAGAGGGGCAGACUCCUCCCUGCCCUGCAAAUCGAGAAGCCUUUGGCGAGAUGUGCCCGUUUGACAGGCGGGAACCGGAGGCAGCACGUCCCAGUUCUAAGUAAGUCCUUGUCCAUUUCGUAUGCAGUUUUCAGCCUUUUCCCAAGGGGAAUCCGGGGAAUUGAAUUUUGAGGCGGCUGAGAGCUCACUUUGGCUUGGUGGCCAAAGUCUAGUUCCCAGGGUUUCAAGGGGAUUUCAGUGCUAUGAAACAGCGUUAAGGUCGGCAGGGUGACCUGUCCAGCGGCGGGGGGGGGGCCAGGGUCACCCAGAGUGGGCGUUUCUAGCCGGGGAUCCCUGCGGGUGCCAGCCCUGCUCCUCAGGGGAGCUUUCCCCCUGGCGAGGAGGGGCUUGGAACUGCCCCCCCAAGUGGGGAGUCCUUUGAAUGGAGUUGGAGGUAGGGAAGCGGCUUCUCCUGAAGCAUUUGCACUCACCCCCUUUGAAGCAGAAUCUGGCAGUUUGCAAAAGGCGGGAGCGCUUUCCCCACUCGCCAGUUCUCUCGGGAUGGGGCUGACUGGCCUGGGUGCAAGGGGCCCCCUUCCCCCAUCCGCCCCACAGUUGGCAGCAGCCAGGCAGAGAGGUCUGCAGAAGGGGGAAGGGGCAUGCUGCAGGACCUCAUCUGGGUUGCUUCCCGUUGGGGCCCCGGGACAGACAGCCUCCACCGCUUGGCUCUCUCUGGCCAUGCCCACUGUUCUGCCAGUGUGAUGCCCCCCACCUCCUCCCGGCGUGGCACGAGGGGAAGGGACUUUUGAACUCUCAACCCUUUGGCGCUUGCCAGGAGCUCCUAACCAGCUGCCCGGCUGGCUGAACAAGGGCUAGGGUGGCAUUAAGCCAAGUUUUCUUCUUUCUUUUUCUUUUUAAAUUAAAUCAAAUCUGAAAGGUUGAUUGGUUUUCUUACCUUCGUAUCAAAUUCAGAAAGUUUCCAAAGUAUUACCGCUUUCUUAA